UGAACUUAGGCUAAUUGUAUUCGGCCCGUCUUAGAAGAUAUAAUUGAGAAUAUUUAACAAGUUAACACACAGAAAUCGUCGACAGGUAUGGCGAAGUGGGGAGAAGGGGAUCCUCGCUGGAUUGUAGAGGAGAGACCCGAUGGAACUAACGUAAACAAUUGGCACUGGGUUGAGAAGAAUGCUACAGGUUGGUCAAAAGACAGACUGAAGGAACUUCUGACUGGUAUUGUAAUAGAGGAUGAUAAACAUUUCUGUGAACUCAAGGAGGUAACAAGCAUUGAAGGGGAAGCAUCUGCAAAUAACAGAAAAGCCAAAUUAAUAUUUUUCUAUGAGUUUGUUAUCAAAGGGGAAUGGUCAGGUAAAUUUAAGGAUAGUGACAAAAAAUAUAAAGGGAAAUUUGAGAUACCAAAUCUUAGUGAAGAAAAUGACACAGAUGAAAUUGAUUUUAAUGUCACAGUCUCUAAAGACUCUGAUGAAGCUUUCAAAUUAAAGGAAUUUCUAAGGAAGAGUGGAGUUGCACUUAUUAGACAAAAGAUGGCAGACUAUUUAAAUGAUUUAAGGCAUGAGUACAGUAAAGGUGUUAUCUUACCAACGAAAGGAGGACAGCAAGCACCAGCAAAGACUGUAACAGGAACAAAUAAAUCUAAAGAAGAAAUGAACAAGCAUGUGGUUGAUACCAAAGUCUCCAAACCCUUAGGAGUAAAAAUUCAUACAAAGAAAAUUGUUGGGAAGGAGGAAUUCAAAUGUCGGGCAGAGGACCUAUACAGGGCCCUUACUGAUGUGCAGAUGGUUCAGGCAUUUUCAGCCAGCCCAGUGGAAAUGGAAGUUGAAAAGGGAGGUCGGUUUUCUCUAUUGCAUGGAAAUAUAACUGGCGAUUUUGUAGAAUUGAUACCUAAUCAGAAAAUAGUACAGCGUUGGAGAGUGAAAUCAUGGCCAGAUGCUCAUUAUUCUACAGUGACUUUUGAAUUUGAUGAAAAAGAUGACUGUACUGUGCUUAACUAUACACAGACUGGUGUUCCUGACACAGAAUAUGAGAAAACAAAAGAAGGCUGGUCCAUCAACUAUUGGAACAGAAUGAAACAAGUGUUUGGAUUUGGCUCCAGUAUAUACUAAUGAAAAGAAAAUCUAAAAUAAAUAUUCUAAAAUUCACGAAUUCUGAGAAAUCUCUCCAAGGGUAUCUUGCAUUAAUAUUGAGAAAUGGUUUGAACAACACAAGAAGAAUUUAUUUUUGAAGUGCUGUACAUAUAUCACUGUAAGACUUUAUCAUCAGUGAUCUAUUAUUGCAUUACUGGCACAGCACACAUUGUAUCUUGAUACAUUAUUGGGGUUUAUUGUGUCAGGGUGUACAUACUUUGUAAAGAAGAAUUUGCUUCGAUUUUCUGUUCCCUUCUCGUCUUAGUUUUAGAGUUCCCUUUCAUUUUUUUACACUUUAAAAAACAGUUUAUCAUGCAGAUUAUGUCGAAUUCUUCAACCUACAUUGCGCAUAUCCCUGGAUAAACAUUUUUUCAAGGUCAUAUUUAUUGAAGAGAUAUAUAUAUCAUACACCACAUCAGCCAGAGCCAUACCAUAGUCCUACAGGAUGCCUGCAUACCUACAAAAUUAUAUAUAUAUAUAUAUAUAUAUAUAUAAUGCAAUUCAUUGAAUCCCGUACCAUUAUUCAUCCUCUGGACAGUAUUACAUAAGGUACAUUUUUCAUCUGUAUGACAUUUUUUUUAUUGCAAAAUAUUUAUCAAAAUAAAAUUCAUAUGAACUUAAAGAUAGGCAACCUGUCAUCAAUAUUUAUUUAUACAUGAACUAAGCUUUUUGUUCAUUCAGUUGCCAUUAAAUAAAAAUAUGUGCAAGUUUCUAAAAUACACACACUAUCACACUUUGUGUUUUAUAUUAGGAGAGCAAGGUGACUGACAUGUUUUAUAACAAUGCGAUUACAAAAUGUAUACUAAUAAUUGAAACUUGUUUCUCUUCUUAUUUUAUAUGCUUAGUGCUUUUAUUGACAAACAUGCAAUGAAAUCUUUGGUUUGUUUCAAAACUUUACUGGAAAAUUAUGACUUUAUGAAGUCCAGGCUUAUUAUAAGGUUAUGGUCAAUGUCAUGCAUAAAUGUUAAAAAAGAACUAAAUUGUCAUGUAAGUAUUUACAGCUGCUGAGGAUAUUGUGUUUCAUUUAAUUAACAUACAUAUUACAUCCUGUGAUAAAUAUUAUACUAUUCAGGUUCAGUAUUAAUUAAACUAUUUGAUUUUCAAUGUUCCAGAUUGUUUUUAGGUCAGAUCUGUGAAAUAUGAGAAAAAAGUAUAUUUUGUAACAGUUGACACUGUGUUCAUUUCAAACUUUUAUAUUUUGAUUGUACUUGAUUUUCAUUUAUGCACUUAGAUAUGCAUUUUUAUAUAUAUAUACUCCAGGUCAAGUGCAACAUAGACAUUUUUUUUUCAUUCCAGGGGUUCAUUAUAUAAUUCUUACAUGAAAGUCAUGUGUACUGUAAUUUUGUAAACUAUUUGAUACCAAUAAGUGAGAAAGUUGUAUCAUCCUUGCCUACACUUUUUAAAUACAUUUAAUACCAAUGGAGAGGAUUUAUAUGUAGAGUACAGGUUACAUACAUUGAGUGUUCAUCAAAGUUUGAAUUAAGUAUUUUGCAUUUUAAAUGAAGCCAUUUCCUUUCUGUUGAUACAUGUGUGACAGGUUUAUUUCAAGUAAAAAAAAAAUGAAACUUU